AUGGGGCUCAUAGGCGGCAUCUCUCCCGGCGGGAGCAUAGCUCUCGGCAUCAUAGUCGGACUUCUCUCCACUAGUGUUCAGAGCCUGGGUCUCACACUCCAACGAAAGUCCCAUAUUCUCGAAGACGAAAAGGUACCCUACGAUGUUCGACGCCCACCAUAUCGACGGAGGAGGUGGCAACUUGGGAUGGGCAUGUUCAUCAUUUCCAACGUCGUUGGGAGCUCGGUCCAGAUAUCUAUGCUCCCAUUACCCGUUCUCUCGACCCUCCAAGCUUCGGGCCUCGUUUUCAACUCGAUCUGCGCUACGCUCAUAUUAGGAGAGCCGUUCACAAGGUGGUCGCUGUGGGGGACACUCCUCGUCUGCGGUGGCGCCGUUCUAAUUGCCGUGUUUGGGGCGAUCCCAUCGCCGGCGCACAAGUUGAGCGAACUGCUGGACCUCCUUGGUCGGCGGCCGUUUAUCCUUUGGAUGUCCUUCCAGGCCGUAUUCGUCAUCGGCUUAGCCGUCGCAACGGAACUCGUGAGCAACCUCACAACACUAAUGCAGGAUCCGCGGUUCCGGCUCGCGCGAGGUUUCUCGUACGGGUGCAUAAGCGGGAUCUUGUCGGCGCAUUCUCUUCUAGUCGCCAAAUCAGCCGUUGAGUUAAUCGUCAGGACGAUUGCCGACGGCGACAACCAGUUCAUUCAUUGGCAGUCGUGGAUACUGGUUCUCAGCCUCGUCACGCUUGCCCUCACACAGCUAUACUAUCUACACCGCGGCCUCAAACUCGUUUCGACAUCCGUUCUCUACCCCCUAAUAUUUUGCAUUUACAACAUUAUCGCGAUUCUCGACGGGCUCAUCUACUUCCAUCAGACCGACCUCAUCAACCCUCUGCGCGCAUGCCUUAUUGCUCUCGGUACCGUCAUUCUCCUAUCCGGUGUUCUCGCGCUCUCUUGGCGCCUCAGCGACGAACAACACACGCCCGGUGUUGGGCAGUCAACGCUGGCCCCUGGCUUGGGGCUGAUCGAAGACACGGAUGGCGAAGAGGAAGGCGAGGAUGUCUCGCUACGCUCUGCGCUCCUCGGCGAAGGUGAGGGCGAGGGCGAGUUACCUGCGCAGUCCAACUACCAGACGUUUGACCCAUCCACAUCUCCCGACCUUUCCAUGACACCGGCAGCUGCAUUACCCCGAAGGCAAAGCUCUAUGGCGCGUUCCACGAGGACUGUAUCAAACCGGUGGCAGGAACAGGCCGAGAUCUGGGAUGAACUUGAAGAUCGCAACACGCCAGAACCAACCUCGCCCUCGUUUAACCGACGACAGUCGAUCACCUUGCCCGGUCAUAGGCACUCAGGCUCCUUCACCGGGAGAAAGGGGGCAACAGAUUCACAUCGCCCCAGCCAGUCUGGUGAAGCCGCGGAGGAAACCGAGCCAUUGAUGCAGUCAUCAAAACAAGCUUUCAGGAGACGGCGGAAAUCUACCGGCUUCCCAGGUUUCACGGCGAGAAAGACAACAGGCAGGAAAACACCUGGUGGGAUAUCAGAGGCAGCCCGCAAUCUGUUUGGAUUGAAAUGGUGGGGCAAUAAACCAAGGUCGACUGAUUCGCCGAGGUCGAUCUCCGGGGGCUGGACAGCGCCCGCGUCGAGGGGUGAUCUAGAGUCGGGGCUGGCUGGCCCUUCGUCAGAGACCCGGCCGCCUUUAGCGGUUGACCCCAGGUCAAAUCUGGGGUCGGGCUCACAAAGCCCUGGGCAGGACAGACCCCCAUCUUGA